AAAUCUGUACCAAAAAAGAAGGCGCCAGCAAGAAAAAGUACAGAAAAGAGAAAAUCUUCGGGAGUAGGUAAUAAUACCAAGUCUAAAGCAUGUUCCGGGGGAUGUAAGUCCUGUUGUUCCAAAAAUAAAAGCAGCAAAAUAAAUAAGACUUCAUUCCAAAGAAGGAAGUCUCGCUCCUAUGAAUCGUCUUUCGAUUCGGAUUCAUCACAUUCAUCUGACUGCUCUUGCUCAGACUGCUACUCCUAUUCAGAUUCUUCUUCAGAAAGUGACGACGCGUGCUACCAGGGUCGAAAUAAGGGCAGAUGUUAUAAAAGGUAAAACACUAGCUUUGGGUGGCAUGUUUUGCUGUUAGUGCUUAGAAGACUGCUGGGCAGUACCGUCAUUAUUCGUCGGACGCAUUUGAUGUAAUUUUUAUUUCUUGACUGUAUUAUUAGUGUUAGUUUUUGAAUGUAAUACUUGUUUGUGAUGUAUUAUGAUAUAUGUUUAGCAUUUUUUAUAGAUUUGACUUACUUAGUAUAUGGUUUUGUUAUGUUUACGUCUUUGAAAUUGGAAAAUAUGGAAUAUAAUGUAAUAUGGAACUGAUAUGUAAUAAAUUAUUUUGAGACUUCAA